CGGCUGAAGGGGCGCACUUCCGCUCUUCCGGCCGAAGCGAUCAAGUGACACCACCACUCACUUUGCUGACCUCCUCGUCGUCCCCUAGAGAGGUGCUCUCGACAACAACACCAUGGCCACACCCGCCCCCGUCCUCGCCAUGGCGCCCGGUCCAGCUCCGUUGGCGCCCGCGUUGGCCGCCAAGCCGACCAUCUCACCGUCACCCGGCCCGGGCACACCCGGAUCCGUCACCUCCAAGGAAUGGGUGAUUCCACCUCGUCCCAAGCCUGGUCGCAAGCCUGCCACCGACACGCCGCCCACCAAACGCAAGGCCCAGAAUCGAGCCGCCCAGCGAGCCUUCCGCGAGCGCAGGGCCGCCCGUGUCAACGAGCUCGAGGACCAGAUCAAGCAGAUCGAGGACGAACAUGACCUCCACGUGGCCACCUUCAAGGAACAGAUCUCGUCGCUGUCCCAUGAGGUCGACCAAUGUCGCAGCGAGAUGGCCUGGUGGCGCGACCGCUGCCACGCCCUGGAGAAGGAGGUCUCGGUCGAGCGCAGCGCAAAGGAGAGCCUCGUCAAGGAGUUCCGCUCGUCCUUGACCGACAGCAACAACAAUAACAACAGCAACAACAACCAUCCCGACAAGGCCCCCGUCACCCGCGUGCCCGCCAGAACCCCCGCCGUCCCCGAACACCACGAAGACCCGGACGACGUGCCGCUGGGCUGCACCAACUGCUCGACCGGCCACUGCCAGUGCAUCGAGGACGCAUUCGGCAUGCCGGGCAUCGAGUCCUCCCACUCCAAGCGCCCGGCUCACCCCGAGCCCGAGAUCAAGCCCGAGCCCGAGGAGAUGGAGAUCGACUUCACCACCCGAUUCGCCGCCCCUGCCCUUCCUCCUCAGCACCAUCGCCUCCAGGACGACAGCGUGAGCGUGACCGCCAUGUCCUCGCCCGCCGUCGACCCCUGCGGCUUCUGCCAGGACGGCACGCCGUGCAUCUGCGCCGAGAUGGCCGCCCAGGAGGAGGAACGUCGUCGGAACUCCUUCGAAAACAACCGUCUGGCUCCCAUCCAGAACCUCUCCCAGUUCACCCCGCCGCCGUCCGACGGCGACGUGCGCUCCGAGGUCACCCUCCCCCCGAUCAGCCAGGCCACGGCCGCCAACCCCUGCGCCAAUGGCCCCGGCACCUGCGCCCAAUGCGUCGCCGACCCCCGACGUACCCUUUUUUGCAAGACGCUGGCGGCCGCCUCUCGCUCCGCCAGCGCUGCCUCCUCCAGCGGUGGUGCUAGCGGUGGCGGUGGUUGCUGCGGCGGUAAAGGUGCCGACGGCGGCUGCUGCAUGAGUCAAAAGCAAGCUCCUCCGCCGCCGCCGCCAAAGCGCAAGUCGGCCUCGCCCUCCCUGACUCUCUCCUGUGCCGACGCCUUCACCACCCUCUCCCGCCACCCUAACUUCUCUCGCGCCAGCGACGACAUCUCCUCCUGGCUCCCUAAACUCCACACCCUCCCCGACCCUAACCAGCGUGAUAUCCCUCAGCCCGGUUCCAGGGCCGCCCUGGAAGUCGAGGCCGCGAGUGUCAUGGGUGUUUUGCGGUAUUUCGAUCGUCGGUUCGCUGAUAAAUGAUCGGAUCAGUGCCCGUCCUUUUCUUCCUUUUCUCUUUCCUCUUCCUCUUCCUCUUCCUUCCAGUGAUACCCAAACCUGACUCAUGCUUGUCUGAGUUUGUACUAUACUACUCCCUGCCCUACUUAUACACCGAACCUGUCUCUGUCUCUCUAUCCGAUCUUCCCACUAUUCUA